CGUUUACUCCCGUUUGCUGAACUCACUCACUUCGCACAUCAGAUUUUCACAUUACCCGUUGGUUCAACAGCACUGCGGCGGAAUGAAGCGGCCAGAACAGAUCCGAAUGCAUCACGAGUGGUAUCACUCGCAGUUAGCUAUCGAUUCCUUACACGGAAUGGGCGGAUAUGUAUUUCUGCCCAGUCACGACGGUCAUCUCCGCAGUAUUCAGAGGAGAUAAGGCGUGUGUACAAUAUCCGCCUGUUCACAUAUGUAUUCGAAUGAUCAUAGUCUUGAUACUAAUCUUUGUGGGUCACAGAAGUACGAGUUGUCGAUCGAGCCUGGCUCCUCCGUUCUGCUCCUUUCUACUCUAAGACUGAAUCGCGUUCACGUCCAGUCCGCGAAACCUCAAUGUACUCAUCGCGGAUGGCUGGCUGGCCGGAUUUCUGGCCUGGUCCACCUCGUAAUGCUCUCCUAACAGAAUCGACGUUGCACCACUUGUUCGGUCCUCGUCCUCCCUCCGAUACCACCGUUCUUCACUUUCAGUUGGCAUGGAUCAUCUGAAACCUACCACAUAUACAGUCCGCUAUCCUCGAUGGAUGGUUGGCAGGCCGCUCCUCGCCGCGUCGUCUGCGCUAGCAUCUCUCGGUGAUGCUAUGUUUGGGUACAGCCAAGGUGUAAUUGCGGCCAACCAGGUUCAGCCCGCCUUCAUCAAGAGGAUGUUUAAGAAGGUAGUUACGUUGGAUCAAAUACAAGCUGGUCACAGUGGCGUGAAUCCAACCGUGUUGG